AUGGACAUCCCUGUAGCACAGCACAGCACCCCAGGCAAUGUUGAAUCCCAGUACGCUAUUGUCCACGGACAGUCUUUGGAUCUCUCUGAACAACAAUUAGUUGACUGUGUCCGCAAUACGGAUUGUGAGAGGGGAUUAUUAAUUUCAUCUGGAGUAAUGUACUUGAUGAAUGGUGUCGAGCCAGAAGGUGAUUAUCCUUACACAGCGUCUAAGGCGUCGUGUAAGUUCGAUCCCGGUAAAGCUAAUGUAAGAGUCACUAGUUGUAUAGAACUAAAGGGCAUUGAUGAGAAUACAUUAGCAAGUUAUUUGCAGCAAAAAGGCCCAAUUUCCGUUGCGGUCGACGCAACUGAUUUCCAAACCUAUACUGCUGGUGUUCUGCAAAGUUGUCGAACAUAUAGUAGUCCCAAACUUCAUGCGGUUCUUCUAGUUGGAUAUGGAAAUGAGAACGGUGAACCAAUAUGGAUAAUAAAGAACUCGUGGGGAUCAACUUGGGGCAAUGGUGGUUACAUCAAAAUCAAGAGGGGACUCAACUCUUGUGGCCUGCUCAAUUACCAAUUAAUAAUUUCCCAUGUUGCAUGA